AUGGCGACCGAUUUGAAGGAGCUCUACCCUGACAAGGAGAUCACUCUUGUGCAUUCUCGCGAUUGUCUGAUGCCUUUGUAUCACAGCAAAAUUCACGAGGUCCUCAAAUCUCGACUUGAAGAAUUGGGUGUCAAACUUAUCACUGGAACGCGCGCCGUGUUUCCUCCUGCCAAUCUCGAUCAUGACGAUACGAAGGUUGUCUUGAGGCUCACAAAUGGUCAGGAACUCGUAGCCGAUCUUGUCAUUCCUGCAACAGGGCAAAAGCCAAACAACGGGUUUAUCAAUGUACUACCUACGCUUCAGUUCAAGGAUCCGGCGUACCCCAAACUUUUUGCCGCUGGUGACAUUGCCGAUACGGGAGCACAAAAAGCUGCUAAGCCUGGCGUGGUACAGGCGCAGGUGGCGGCCCGGAAUGUUGUCGCCAUGAUCGAGGGUCGGAGUCCUGUGGAAAGAUUCUCAGUCAGACCACCGGGACUCCAUAUGUCUAUAGGACUGAAAAAGAACAUGAAAUUCAUAAAUCCUAACGUUGAAGCUGGGGAGACGGAGCCUACCGUCAUUAUGCGAGACGAUGGUAAAGAUGAUUUGGGUAUCGAACGUGUCUGGAAACGUCGGGGCAUCAAUGUUACUGAUCCGAGGGAUUAUCAUUUGUAA